AUGGAGCGCAGUUGCUGGGCCCCGCGGACUUUCGUCCUGGCGCUGCUGCUGGGGGCGACGCUGAGGGCGCGCGCGGCGGUGGGCUAUUACCCCCGCUUUUCGCCCUUCUUUUUCCUGUGCACCCACCACGGGGAGCUGGAAGGGGAUGGGGAGCAGGGCGAGGUGCUUAUUUCCCUGCACAUUGCGGGCAACCCCACCUACUACGUACCGGGACAAGAAUACCAUGUGACAAUUUCAACAAGCACCUUCUUUGACGGCUUGCUGGUGACAGGACUAUACACAUCUACAAGUGUUCAGGCUUCACAGAGCAUUGGAGGUUCCAGUGCCUUUGGAUUUGGGAUCAUGUCGGACCACCAGUUUGGUAACCAAUUUAUGUGCAGCGUGGUGGCCUCUCACGUGAGUCACCUGCCCACAACGAACCUCAGCUUCGUCUGGAUUGCUCCCCCAGCGGGCACAGGCUGUGUGAAUUUCAUGGCUACAGCAACACACAGGGGCCAGGUUAUUUUCAAAGAUGCGUUAGCCCAGCAGUUGUGUGAACAAGGAGCUCCAACAGAGGCCACUACGCACCCACAUCUAGCUGAAAUACAUAGUGACAGCAUCAUCCUACGAGAUGACUUUGACUCCUAUCACCAACUGGAAUUAAAUCCAAAUAUAUGGGUUGAAUGUAACAACUGUGAGACCGGAGAACAGUGCGGUGCAAUUAUGCAUGGCAAUGCUGUCACCUUCUGUGAGCCAUAUGGUCCACGAGAACUGAUUACCACAGGCCUUAAUACAACAACAGCCUCUGUCCUCCAAUUUUCCAUUGGGUCAGGUUCAUGUCGCUUCAGUUAUUCAGACCCCAGCAUCAUCGUGUCAUAUGCCAAGAAUAAUUCUGCAGACUGGAUUCAGCUCGAGCAAAUCGGAGCCCCUUCCAACAUCAGCACAAUCAUCCACAUCCUCUACCUUCCUGAAGACGCCAAAGGGGAGAACAUCCAGUUUCGGUGGAAGCAGGAGAAUCUUCGUGUAGGAGAAGUGUAUGAAGCCUGCUGGGCCUUAGAUAACAUCCUGGUCAUCAAUUCAGCUCACAGACAAGUCAUUUUAGAAGAUAGUCUUGACCCAGUGGACACAGGCAACUGGCUUUUCUUCCCAGGAGCUACAGUUAAGCAUAGCUGUCAGUCAGAUGGGAACUCCAUUUAUUUCCAUGGAAAUGAAGGCAGUGAGUUCAAUUUUGCCACCACCCGGGACGUAGAUCUUUCCACAGAAGAUAUUCAAGAGCAGUGGUCAGAAGAAUUUGAGAGCCAGCCUACAGGGAUACCAGGCCACACCACCAGAAUUAUUAAUACUUCGCCCACGCUGUCGUCUGGCAGCCCAGUUAUGAAGUUGACAUUAUUUUAUCAAGGAGGAAUUUGUGACCCUGGAAAUUCUCAUGAAAAUGAUAUCAUCCUGUAUGCAAAGCUUGAAGGAAGGAAAGAGCACAUUGCACUGGAUACUCUUUCCUAUUCCUCAUAUAAGGUUCCAUCUUUGGUUUCUGUGGUCAUCAAUCCUGAACUUCAGACUCCUGCUACCAAAUUUUGCCUCAGGCAAAAGAACCAUCAGGGACAUAAUAGGAAUGUCUGGGCUGUAGACUUUUUCCACGUCUUGCCUGUUCUCCCUUCUACAAUGUCUCACAUGAUACAGUUUUCCAUUAAUCUGGGAUGUGGAACGCAUCAACCUGGGAACAGUGUCAGCUUGGAGUUUUCUACCAACCAUGGGCGCUCCUGGUCCCUCCUCCACACGGAAUGCUUACCUGAGAUCUGUGCGGGCCCCCACCUCCCCCACAGCACUAUCUACUCGUCUGAGAACUACAGCGGGUGGAACCGAAUAACGAUUCCCCUUCCUAACGCAGCACUAACCCGGAACACCAGGAUUCGCUGGAGACAAACAGGACCAAUCCUUGGAAACAUGUGGGCAAUUGAUAAUGUUUACAUUGGCCCCUCAUGUCUCAAAUUCUGUUCUGGCAGAGGACAGUGCACUCGACAUGGUUGCAAGUGUGAUCCUGGAUUUUCUGGCCCAGCUUGUGAGAUGGCAUCCCAGACAUUCCCAAUGUUUAUUUCUGAAAGCUUUGGCAGUUCCAGGCUCUCCUCUUACCAUAACUUUUACUCUAUCCGUGGUGCUGAAGUCAGCUUUGGUUGUGGUGUCUUGGCCAGCGGUAAGGCCCUGGUUUUCAACAAAGAGGGGAGGCGUCAGCUAAUUACAUCCUUCCUUGACAGCUCACAAUCCAGGUUUCUCCAGUUCACACUGAGACUGGGGAGCAAAUCUGUUCUGAGCACAUGCAGAGCCCCUGACCAGCCUGGUGAAGGAGUUUUGUUGCAUUAUUCUUAUGAUAAUGGGAUAACUUGGAAACUUCUGGAGCACUAUUCAUAUCUCAACUAUCAUGAGCCCAGAAUAAUCUCCGUAGAAUUACCAGAUGAUGCAAGACAGUUUGGAAUUCAGUUCAGAUGGUGGCAACCAUAUCAUUCUUCCCAGGGAGAAGACGUAUGGGCUAUUGAUGAGAUUAUCAUGACGUCUGUGCUUUUCAACAGCAUUAGUCUUGACUUCACCAAUCUUGUGGAGGUCACUCAGUCUCUGGGAUUCUACCUUGGAAAUGUUCAGCCAUACUGCGGCCACGACUGGACCCUUUGUUUUACAGGAGAUUCUAAACUCGCCUCAAGUAUGCGCUAUGUGGAAACACAAUCGAUGCAGAUAGGAGCGUCCUACAUGAUUCAGUUCAGUUUGGUAAUGGGAUGUGGCCAGAAAUACACUCCACACAUGGACAACCAGGUGAAGCUGGAGUACUCAACCAACCACGGCCUUACCUGGCACCUCGUCCAAGAAAGUUUGGAUUUUAAAUACAAGCCAACUUCAUUUCGUGACCUACACAGCAGUAGUUCCACUUUCAGACUCAGUCCAAGGUCCAGUGCCACCCGCUUCCGUUGGAGUCAGAGCUAUUACACGGCCCAAGACGAGUGGGCUUUAGACAGCAUUUACAUCGGGCAGCAGUGUCCCAACAUGUGCAACGGGCACGGCUCCUGUGACCACGGCAUGUGCAGGUGUGACCAGGGGUACCAAGGCACUGAAUGCCACCCAGAAGCUGCACUUCCUUCCACAAUUAUGUCUGAUUUCGAGAACCAGAAUGGUUGGGAGUCUGACUGGCAAGAAGUUAUUGGGGGCGAAAUUGUAAAACCAGAACAAGGAUGUGGUGUCAUCUCUUCUGGAUCUUCGCUGUACUUCAGCAAGGCUGGGAAAAGACAAUUGGUGAGCUGGGAUCUGGAUACUUCUUGGGUGGACUUUGUCCAGUUCUACAUCCAGAUAGGUGGAGAGAGUGCCACGUGCAACAAGCCCGACAGCAGAGAGGAGGGCGUCCUCCUCCAGUACAGCAACAACGGGGGCAUCCAGUGGCACCUGCUAGCUGAGAUGUACUUCUCAGACUUCAGCAAACCCAGAUUUGUCUAUCUGGAGCUUCCCACUGCUGCCAAGACUCCUUGCACCAGGUUCCGCUGGUGGCAGCCCGUGUUCUCAGGGGAGGACUAUGACCAGUGGGCAGUCGAUGACAUCAUCAUUCUGUCGGAAAAGCAGAAGCAGAUCAUCCCAGUUAUCAACCCAACUUUACCCCAGAACUUUUAUGAGAAGCCAGCUUUUGAUUACCCUAUGAAUCAAAUGAGUGUGUGGUUGAUGUUGGCUAAUGAAGGGAUGGUUGCAAAUGAAACGUUCUGUGCUGCCACACCCUCAGCCAUGGUAUUUGGAAAAUCAGAUGGAGAUCGAUUUGCAGUAACUCGGGAUUUGACCCUGAAACCUGGAUAUGUGCUACAGUUCAAGCUAAACAUAGCGUGUGCCAAUCAGUUCAGCAAUACUGCCCCAGUGCUGCUUCAGUACUCUCACGAUGCUGGCAUGUCCUGGUUUCUGGUGAAAGAAGGCUGCUACCCAGCUUCUGCAGGCAAAGGGUGUGAAGGAAACUCCAGAGAACUGAGUGAGCCCACCGUAUAUCACACAGGGGACUUUGAAGAAUGGACAAGAAUCACCAUUGUUAUUCCAAGGUCUCUCGCAUCCAGCAAGACCAGAUUCCGAUGGAUCCAGGAGAGCAGCUCACAGAAAAACGUGCCUCCGUUUGGUUUAGACGGAGUGUACAUAUCUGAGCCUUGCCCCAGUUACUGCAGUGGCCGUGGGGACUGCAUUUCAGGAGUGUGUUUCUGUGACCUGGGGUACACCGCUGCACAAGGAACCUGUGUGUCAAAUGUCCCUAAUCACAGUGAGAUGUUUGAUAGGUUUGAGGGGAAGCUCAGCCCUCUGUGGUACAAGAUAACUGGCGGCCAGGUUGGAACUGGCUGUGGGACACUUAACGAUGGCAAAUCUCUCUACUUCAAUGGUCCUGGGAAAAGGGAAGCAAGGACUGUCCCUCUAGACACCAGGAGUAUCAGACUUGUUCAAUUUUAUAUACAAAUUGGAAGCAAAACUUCAGGUAUUACCUGCAUCAAACCAAGAGCUAGAAAUGAAGGGCUUGUUGUUCAGUAUUCAAAUGACAAUGGAAUACUGUGGCAUUUGCUUCGAGAGUUGGACUUCAUGUCAUUCCUGGAACCACAGAUCAUUUCCAUUGACCUGCCACGGGAGGCAAAGACACCUGCAACAGCAUUUCGAUGGUGGCAACCGCAACACGGGAAGCAUUCAGCCCAGUGGGCUUUGGAUGAUGUUCUUAUAGGAAUGAAUGACAGCUCUCAAACUGGGUUUCAAGACAAAUUUGAUGGCUCUAUAGAUUUGCAAGCCAACUGGUAUCGAAUCCAAGGAGGUCAAGUCGAUAUUGACUGUCUCUCUAUGGACACUGCUCUGAUAUUCACUGAAAACAUAGGAAAACCUCGUUAUGCUGAGACUUGGGAUUUUCAUGUGUCAGCAUCUACCUUCUUGCAGUUUGAAAUGAGCAUGGGCUGUAGCAAGCCCUUCAGCAACUCCCACAGUGUACAGCUCCAGUAUUCUCUGAACAAUGGCAGAGACUGGCAUCUUGUCACUGAAGAGUGUGUUCCUCCAACCAUUGGCUGUCUGCACUACACAGAAAGUUCAAUUUACACCUCGGAAAGAUUCCAGAAUUGGAAGCGGAUCACUGUCUACCUUCCACUCUCCACCAUUUCUCCCAGGACCCGGUUCAGAUGGAUUCAGGCCAACUACACUGUGGGAGCUGAUUCCUGGGCCAUUGAUAAUGUUGUACUGGCCUCAGGGUGCCCUUGGAUGUGCUCAGGACGAGGGAUUUGUGAUGCUGGACGCUGUGUGUGUGACCGGGGCUUUGGUGGACCCUACUGUGUCCCUGUUGUUCCUCUGCCUGCGAUUCUUAAAGACGAUUUCAACAGCAACUUACAUCCUGACCUUUGGCCUGAAGUGUAUGGUGCAGAGAGAGGGAAUCUGAAUGGUGAAACCAUCAAAUCUGGAACGUCUCUCAUUUUUAAAGGGGAAGGACUAAGGAUGCUUAUUUCAAGAGAUCUAGAUUGUACCAAUACUGUGUAUGUCCAGUUUUCACUUAGAUUUAUAGCAAAAGGUACCCCAGAGAGGUCUCACUCUAUUCUAUUACAAUUCUCCAUCAAUGGAGGAAUCACUUGGCACCUGAUGGAUGAAUUUUACUUCCCUCAAACAACCAGUAUACUUUUCAUUAAUGUUCCUUUGCCAUACACUGCCCAAACCAAUGCUACAAGAUUCAGACUCUGGCAACCUUAUAAUAAUGGUAAGAAAGAAGAAAUCUGGAUUGUUGAUGACUUCAUUAUUGAUGGAAAUAAUCUAAACAACCCUGUGAUGCUUCUGGAUACCUUUGACUUUGGGCCCAGAGAAGACAAUUGGUUUUUCUAUCCUGGUGGUAACAUUGGUCUUUAUUGCCCAUAUUCUUCAAAGGGAGCACCUGAGGAAGAUUCAGCUAUGGUGUUUGUUUCAAAUGAAGUCGGUGAGCAUUCCAUUACCACCCGUGACCUAGAUGUGAAUGAGAACACCAUCAUACAAUUUGAGAUCAACGUUGGAUGCUCAACCGACAGCUCAUCUGCUGAUCCCGUGAGACUGGAAUUUUCGAGGGACUUUGGGGCGACCUGGCACCUGCUGCUCCCCCUCUGCUUCCACAGCAGCAGCCACGUCAGCUCCCUGUGCUCCACCGAGCACCACCCGAGCAGCACCUACUACGCGGGAACCACGCAGGGCUGGAGGAGGGAGGUCGUGCACUUCGGGAAGCUGCACCUUUGCGGAUCUGUGCGUUUCAGAUGGUACCAGGGAUUUUACCCUGCUGGCUCUCAGCCAGUGACGUGGGCCAUUGAUAAUGUCUACAUCGGUCCCCAGUGCGAGGAUAUGUGUAACGGCCAUGGCAGCUGUGUCAAUGCAACCAGGUGUAUAUGUGAUCCCGGCUACUCGGGUCCAACCUGUAAAAUAAGCACCAAAAAUCCUGAUUUUCUCAAGGAUGAUUUUGAAGGUCAGCUAGAAUCUGAUAGAUUCCUAUUAAUGAGUGGCGGAAAGCCAUCUCGCAAGUGUGGAAUCCUUUCCAGUGGAAACAACCUCUUUUUCAAUGAAGAUGGCCUGCGCAUGUUGAUGACACGAGACCUGGAUUUAUCGCAUGCUAGAUUUGUGCAGUUCUUCAUGCGACUGGGCUGUGGGAAAGGUGUUCCAGACCCCAGGAGUCAGCCUGUGCUUCUACAGUACUCUCUCAAUGGCGGCCUCUCGUGGAGUCUUCUUCAGGAGUUCCUUUUCAGCAACUCCAGCAACGUGGGCAGGUACAUUGCCCUGGAGAUACCCUUGAAAGCCCGUUCUGGUUCUACUCGCCUCCGCUGGUGGCAACCAUCUGAGAAUGGCCACUUCUACAGCCCCUGGGUUAUCGACCAGAUUCUUAUUGGAGGAAACAUUUCUGGCAAUACAGUCUUGGAAGAUGAUUUCACAACUCUGGAUAGUAGGAAAUGGCUGCUUCACCCAGGAGGCACCAAGAUGCCUGUGUGUGGCUCUACCGGUGAUGCCCUGGUCUUCAUUGAAAAGGCCAGCACCCGCUAUGUCGUCACCACAGACAUUGCCGUGAAUGAAGAUUCAUUCCUACAGAUAGAUUUCGCAGCCUCCUGCUCAGUCACAGACUCUUGUUAUGCUAUUGAACUGGAAUACUCAGUAGACCUUGGAUUGUCAUGGCACCCACUAGUAAGGGACUGUCUGCCUACCAACGUUGAAUGCAGUCGCUAUUAUCUGCAGCGUAUCCUGGUGUCGGAUACUUUCAACAAGUGGACCAGAAUCACUCUGCCUCUCCCUCCUUACACCAGGUCCCAAGCCACCCGUUUCCGUUGGCAUCAACCAGCUCCUUUUGAUAAGCAGCAGACGUGGGCAAUAGAUAAUGUCUAUAUCGGGGAUGGCUGCAUAGACAUGUGCGGUGGCCAUGGGAGGUGCAUCCAGGGAAACUGUGUCUGUGAUGAGCAGUGGGGUGGCCUGUACUGUGAUGAACCUGAGACCUCUCUUCCAACCCAACUCAAAGACAACUUCAAUCGAGCUCCGUCCAACCAGAACUGGCUGACUGUGAAUGGAGGGAAAUUGAGUACAGUAUGUGGAGCUGUGGCUUCGGGAAUGGCUCUCCAUUUCAGUGGGGGUUGUAGUCGAUUGUUAGUCACUGUGGAUCUAAACCUCACUAAUGCCGAGUUUAUCCAAUUUUACUUCAUGUACGGAUGUCUGAUUACACCAAACAACCGUAACCAAGGUGUUCUCCUGGAAUAUUCUGUCAAUGGAGGCAUUACUUGGAACUUGCUAAUGGAAAUUUUCUAUGACCAGUACAGUAAACCCGGAUUUGUGAAUAUCCUUCUGCCUCCUGAUGCUAAAGAGAUCGCUACUCGCUUCCGCUGGUGGCAGCCAAGGCACGAUGGCCUGGAUCAGAACGACUGGGCCAUUGACAACGUUCUCAUCUCGGGCUCUGCCGACCAGAGGACCGUCAUGCUGGACACGUUCAGCAGCGCCCCGGUGCCCCAGCACGAGCGCGCCCCCGCAGACGCCGGCCCGGUGGGGAGGAUCGCUUUCGACAUGCUAAUGGAGGACAAAACCUCAGUGAAUGAGCAUUGGCUAUUCCAUGACGAUUGCACAGUAGAAAGAUUCUGUGACUCCCCUGACGGUGUUAUGAUCUGUGGCAGUCAUGAUGGACGAGAGGUGUACGCAGUGACCCAUGACCUGACUCCCACCGAAGGCUGGAUUAUGCAAUUCAAGAUCUCUGUUGGAUGUAAAGUAUCUGAAAAAAUUGCCCAGAAUCAAAUUCAUGUGCAAUAUUCUACUGACUUUGGUGUGAGCUGGAAUUAUCUGGUCCCUCAGUGCUUACCUGCUGACCCAAAAUGCUCUGGAAGUGUUUCUCAGCCAUCGGUAUUCUUUCCAACUAGAGGAUGGAAAAGGAUCACCUACCCACUUCCUGAAAGCUUAGUGGGAAAUCCAGUAAGGUUUAGGUUCUAUCAGAAGUACUCGGAUAUGCAGUGGGCAAUCGAUAAUUUCUAUCUGGGCCCUGGAUGCUUGGACAACUGCAGGGGCCAUGGAGACUGUUUAAAGGAGCAGUGCAUCUGUGAUCCAGGGUACUCCGGGCCAAACUGCUACUUGACUCACACUCUGAAGACUUUCCUGAAGGAACGCUUUGACAGUGAAGAAAUCAAGCCUGACUUAUGGAUGUCCUUAGAAGGUGGAAGUACUUGCACCGACUGUGGAAUUCUUGCCGAGGACACUGCACUCUAUUUUGGGGGAUCCACUGUGAGACAAGCUAUUACUCAAGAUUUGGAUCUCAGAGGUGCAAAGUUCCUGCAGUACUGGGGGCGCAUCGGUAGUGAGAACAACAUGACCUCUUGCCAUCGUCCCAUCUGCCGGAAGGAAGGCGUGCUGUUGGACUAUUCUACUGAUGGAGGAAUUACUUGGACUUUGCUCCAUGAGAUGGAUUACCAGAAAUACAUUUCUGUCAGACACGACUACAUACUUCUUCCUGAGGAGGCCCUCACCAACACAACUCGACUUCGCUGGUGGCAGCCUUUUGUGAUCAGCAAUGGAAUUGUCGUCUCUGGGGUGGAGCGCGCUCAGUGGGCUCUAGACAACAUUUUGAUUGGCGGAGCAGAAAUCAAUCCCAGUCAAUUGGUGGACACUUUUGAUGAUGAAGGCACUUCCCAUGAAGAAAACUGGAGUUUUUACCCUAAUGCAGUAAGGACUGCAGGAUUCUGUGGCAAUCCAUCCUUCCACCUCUACUGGCCAAAUAAAAAGAAGGACAAGACUCACAAUGCUCUCUCCUCCCGAGAACUCAUCAUACAGCCAGGAUACAUGAUGCAGUUUAAAAUUGUGGUGGGUUGUGAAGCCACUUCUUGUGGUGAUCUUCAUUCCGUCAUGUUGGAAUACACUAAAGAUGCAAGAUCCGAUUCCUGGCAGCUCGUGCAGACCCAGUGCCUGCCUUCCUCCUCCAACAGCAUUGGCUGUUCCCCCUUCCAGUUCCAUGAAGCCACCAUCUACAAUGCCGUCAACAGCUCAAGCUGGAAGAGGAUCACCAUCCAGCUGCCUGACCACGUCUCCUCCAGUGCAACACAGUUCCGCUGGAUCCAGAAGGGAGAAGAAACUGAGAAGCAGAGCUGGGCGAUUGACCACGUGUACAUCGGAGAGGCUUGCCCCAAGCUCUGCAGUGGCCACGGAUACUGCACCACCGGCGCCAUCUGCAUCUGCGAUGAGAGUUUCCAAGGUGAUGAUUGCUCUGUUUUCAGUCAUGAUCUUCCUAGUUAUAUUAAAGAUAAUUUUGAGUCAGCAAGAGUCACUGAGGCAAACUGGGAGACCAUUCAAGGUGGAGUAAUAGGCAGCGGCUGUGGGCAGCUGGCACCCUAUGCCCAUGGAGACUCGCUCUAUUUUAACGGCUGUCAGAUCAGGCAAGCUGCCACCAAGCCUCUGGAUCUCACUCGAGCAAGCAAAAUCAUGUUUGUUUUGCAAAUUGGGAGCGCGGCCCAGACAGACAGCUGCAACAGUGACCUGAGUGGCCCCCACGCCGUGGACAAGGCCGUGCUGCUGCAGUACAGCGUCAACAACGGGAUCACCUGGCAUGUCAUUGCUCAGCACCAGCCAAAGGACUUCACACAAGCUCAGAGAGUGUCUUAUAAUGUCCCCCUGGAGGCACGGAUGAAAGGAGUUUUAUUGCGCUGGUGGCAACCACGCCACAAUGGAACAGGUCAUGAUCAGUGGGCUUUGGACCAUGUGGAGGUCGUCCUCACUCGAAAACAAAAUUACAUGAUGAAUUUUUCACGACAACAUGGGCUCAGGCACUUCUACAACAGAAGACGAAGGUCACUUAGGCGAUACCCAUGAAGAGUCAAAAAGUUUUUUUUUUUUCUUCCAACAUCCAAUGUGUUGCUCUCCAUUCUUUUAAAUCUCGCACUGCAUCUGAUAUCAGGAAAUAUCUGUGAAGGACUUGGUGAUUAACUGAAAGCCCUUCUCAAGACCGAGUGUACACCACUUUCCCACACUGUGAACUAAUGACAAGUGACUUAUUUGCUCAUAAGUAAAUGUCUUCAUGUUGAUGUGUCCGUGAAAAUUGUGAUGCUGUUGUAAUAUCAGUUACAGUGGCAGUAUUGAGAAUAAGAGAUAGUUUAACAAAAAAAUAAAGUUUAAGCACAAAAAUUUAAGAGAUUUUAUGUUUAAAAUGCCAUUUAGCACAGUAUUUAACAUUCUUGGUCACAAAGCUAUUUAAGUGGACUGUAUUUCAGCUAUGUAUCAUGUUUUAUAUGAUUAAAUUAUCAUUGUUUGUCCUUUAUGUAUUCUCUUCUAUGAUAUAACACAUUGAAACUGUAUUUACUUGUUAUGUUGCAAUAUUUUGCUGCUGAAUUUUGGGCUACUUAUAUUCUGCAGAAAGUUAAUUGAAAUACCUAUUCAAGAAGAUAGUUGUAAAGAUAUUGUAUCUCCUUUAAUAUACUCCUUAAAAAUGUAUGUUUGUUUAGCGUUGUUUUGUGGAUAAGAAAAAUGCUUGACCUUGAAAUAUUUUCUACUUAAAAUUGUGGAUGAAGACCCUAUCUCCCACAAAGGAGUUCCCACUUCCUUGUCUAAAGAUUUUGUUUUUAAGUGUUCUGUGGCUGAUUUACUAACAGUAACUGCCAUUUUGUGUUUGUGGUAACAGAGUGAUUUGUAAAACAGUGGAUGUUUUUUCAUAGUGUUCUCUUCGUGGAUCAUUUUUUUCCUGCGGGUCAUGUUCAUACCUUCUGAUGAAGUUGUACCAACACCAGCAACAGUAUAAUGGCCCUGUAGCCCUGAACUCUCUAUUAGUGUAACUGAAAGAUUACACUCUAGGGUGAACCAACCUAAAAGCCCAUGCUUAAAUAAAAAUUAUGUCCAAAAG